UUUAAACCUGAAAUGAUCGGUCGUCUUGUCGUAACGACACCCAAUAAGCUGUUAAGCAUUGGCCGGGUAAAUCAUAUCAGAAACCAUGUGCCCAUGCGUUUUCCAGCGGGGACUUAUGAUGAACUACAAAUUCCUCAAGGAAGCUGGGCUGAAUUGCACAAACAGCAGAAUAAACUUUAUAAUACAUACCUUAUAGUUAGCUCUACAAUCGCUGCUGUUUUAUUCGCUGCAGCAUUCUAUGUCUCUGACAUCAAUAAGUAUAAACUUCCGAAAAUUUCCAACUCUGAAGAAGGUCUAAAAUUCUUGAACCCUGACCCUAAAGCACUGCAAUAUAUCUUAGAAAACUGAAUCCCGGUAGAUAUUUGAACGUACUUAAAUACAUUUCACGUUUAGAUUAUUCUAGAGACAUUUUCUCGUUCACUCGAGUUUGGCUUGUUUAGACAUUCGAUAAUUCAGUGUAAUGUUACGUUACAUAGUAUGCAUAUAAUCCCAAUUAUGUAUGCUCAUGUAUUUUGUAUGCCUCAAGAAUCAAGUUUACUGCAGAAAUGUUAAGUCAUUGUCAG